UUCUAAUUUAGUGAUUUUGUUGUUGUUCUAGGUUUUGAAUGAUGAAUUACGUGAGGCAGUAAAGUUCACAGGACGACGGCUACAAACACCAUGUCAUCUAAAUCCUCCCUUCUUAAAGUCAUUCUCCUGGGCGACGGUGGAGUGGGAAAGAGCUCGCUCAUGAACCGCUACGUCACGAACAAGUUCGACGCCCAUCUCUUUCACACCAUCGGCGUGGAGUUCCUCAAUAAAGACCUGGAGGUGGACGGCCGCACGGUCACGCUGCAGAUCUGGGACACGGCGGGUCAGGAGCGAUUCCGCAGCCUGCGGACGCCCUUCUACCGCGGCUCCGACUGCUGCCUUCUGACCUUCAGCGUGGACGACAGCCAGAGCUUCCACAACCUCAACAACUGGAGGAAAGAGUUCAUCUUCUACGCCGACGUCAAGGAGCCCGACAGCUUCCCGUUCGUGCUUCUAGGCAACAAGGUGGACGUGACGGAGAGGCAGGUGACCAGCGAGGAAGCUCAGGAGUGGUGCAGGGAAAGCGGAGGAUACCCGUACUUCGAGACCAGCGCCAAAGAUGCCACCAAUGUCUCGGUUGCGUUCGAGGAAGCCGUCAGAAGAGUUCUGGCUUUGGAGGAGCGACACGAGCAUUUGAUUCCAACAGACACCGUCAGCCUGCAUAGGAAGCCUCGCAGCAGCACGCGGUGCUGUUAACAGACGAGAAUGACCUCCAUUAGCUAUUUAAUGGUCCUUGAGUGAAGCAUCUGCGUUUUUAUUUGAACAUGCACUUACUGGAAUACAUGCACUUACUCCUAAACACUGGGUGGCUUUCAUGGAUCUGAACUGCCUGAAUUUAAACGAUUCUGUGCAUUCAGAUGUUCAUAUAUAUAUAUGACUUAUGGGAUUUGAGCGGGUUAGUGCAUAGACGGAUAUAAUUUUGUCUUGCAUGGCAAUUAAAUAGUGAAGAGCAAAUGCAAUAAAUGCACUGUAAAAACACGCCUUGUCUUCCAUUAAAAAUAUCGAAAUGUCCUUAAAACAAUUUACUUGAGAAGCACAGCUGUGUAAGAUAAUAGCACUUCUUUUCCGCUAACAUAUAUUUUGCUUACCUCAUGGGCAAAUCAUUUUGUUUCAUUUC